UCCAUGGAUGGAAAAUGGGUUUGUUUUGUUGUUCUUCCUCUCACUUUCUUCCUCCUCCUUAAUUCUCUUUCACUUUCUCUCAAAUUUUGGGAAAGAAAGUUUUGGGGGAAUGUUGGCUGGCUCGAUGCUUUGAAAUGAUGAUACAUGCAGAGUUUGAAGGUAUCGGACCAGGCUUCAUUCCCCUCACACAUUCUCAUUGAAUUUUGGUGACAGGUUCAAGUAAAGUUUUGAUCUUUAAAGAGGUUAAGGUUGAUGGGAAUGUUGUUUGGCUCGAGGGCAUACAGGUUGAUUUUUAUGAUGAUAUGUCCAUGAAAUUUUCUUGAAUUUUCUAUUACCGGAAAGUUUCGGGAUGUAUAUUCAUGUGUAUAGCCCUGUGUGAUCUCGGACCAGGCUUCAUUCCCGUCAACCAAAACACUUCCUCUUUCUCUCUCUCGAUAAAAAGAAAAGGGUUUCAUUACUCUCUCUAGAGUACAUUGUUUUUGAUGAUUUUUGCAUGGAGUUAAUAUGGUCUUGACCUACCUGUGUCAACAAAACAAGAUCAGGUGAGAUGCCGUUGACUUCUCCUGUUUUUGUGUUUGACCAUGUCCAUGUGUGUCCCUUCUUCUCAUGAUCUUGUAUUAAAGGUGAAGUGAUUCUCUCUUUCUCUCACUUUCCUAGCCCCCAAGACAAAGAGAGACCCCAUCCCAUGAUGAUUUCUCUUAUUUUCCGGUUACAAAGGUUGUAACUUUGAUCAAUUUUCUUUGAAGAAGGCUUCUGUUCUUUUCACAGAAAAAGGGAUCAAAUGCAAUUUCUUGUAGGAGAGACAAGACAAAGAAGAGUCCUGGGAAACCCAAAAUCUUACAAAACCCAAAAAACUAGAAAUGAAACUCUUUGUUUGACUUUGAUCAAACUUAAUUUUCAGACAUCUAUGGAAAGUGAUGUGAUUUCAGGUUUGGGGCUGAUACUUUGAUGCUUUGAUGAUAAACAUGUACAAAACCUUGUAUUUUGCUAAGGAAGUGAAUUUUUUUUUUCCUGUUCUGGGGGAUUAGUGUCUGUUUGAAUUUGUGUUUUUUUUUUUUCAUUAAUUACAAAGAUUUGUAACUCCCACAACGAUGACAAAAAAUGUUUAAAAAAAUGUAACUGAUGAAUUUAAGUCUGCUUAUUCAGAUAAGGCAUGGAGGCAUUCAAGAUGACAAGACAUGUGGAGAGAACCCAUUCUUGGGGAAUAUGCAUGUGUACAUGUCAAAGAAGUACUGCUUUAAUUGUUUUUUUUUGGAAUAUUUUUGGGUGUAUGUUGUGGGUGUUGUAAUGUCACACGGUAUUUAUGUUAAGAGUAUAUAAAUUUUGUUUUAGCUU